AGCAAAUUGAAGUGCAAAGGUAUCUCAGAUGGGAAGACGCGGAGGCUUGGCGUCAUUCCAAGAUCGACUGAAAACCGCAAAAGAUGGUGAAAAUAUUCGCGCUGACAGCCUUCUUGCUGGCGCAAAUUGACGGCGCCGCGCCGGUGAUCCACUCGCUCAAGUAUAUCGCAACGGCGUCGUUUCAAAUUCCAAACUUCCCAGAGUACAUGGAGGUGGGUUAUGUUGACGGCAUUCAGAUUUUACACUACGACAGCGAGACCAGGACAUCAAAAGCCAAACAGGAUUGGAUGAACAACAUGACAAUCCAGGAGCCAUACUUCUGGGAGAGACAGACAAUAAUCAAUACUGAUAAUCAGCAGGAUGCCAAAGUCGGCAUUCGUCAUCUUCAGGAGCACUUCAACCAAACGGGAGGCCGUCACUUGAUCCAGCGGGUGUCUGGCUGCCAAUGGGACAAUGAGACUGGCCAGAUUGAAGGUUGGCUUCACGAUGCUUACAAUGGAGAAGACUUUCUAUGGUUUGAUUUGAAGGAACUGAGAUGGAUCGCCGUCCAGCCGCGAGCAGUUAUCAGCAAACACGAGUUGGACACAUUGAAUAACUAUAAUGAAUACUUAAAGGAGUCCGUGACGAAGGAAUGCCCUUUUUACUUGAAGAAGUACGUGAGCUUAGGGAGGGACGUCCUGAUGAGAACAGAGGUCCCGCGGGUCUCCCUGCUGCAGAAGACGGCGGGCUCGCUGGUCACCUGCCACGCCACCGGUUUCUACCCCAGGGCGGCCGUCCUCUUCUGGAGGAAGGAUGGCGAGCGGCUCUACAGGGACGCUGAGAUGGACGAGAUCCUCCCCAACCACGACGGGACCUUCCAGACCAGCGCUAGCCUCCACAUGUCGGACAAGCGCGCUAAUUACGAGUGCGUCUUUCAUAUGGAAGGCGUCCCGGAGGAUGUCGUCACCCCGCUGGACCUCGCCGAAGUUUUGAGCAACGAGCGCAUCCAAGAGAAAGAAUGGCGGAGGAAGAUGGUGUUCAGCAUCACCCUGUUGAUCCCCAUCGUUCUGGCUGUCGCUGUCGCUGUCGGCGUCGGCGUCAUUCUCUUCAAGCACAAACGAGUCCAAUACACUCCAGCUCGUAAGUAAAAGCGGUCCUAGGUCACUUCCUGUUCAUUUUGGG